AUAGUCUUCGAGCAUCACCAACACCCAGAUUGAAACAGGAAGAAGAGAGGAGAGAAAAUAUGACCAGAGAAAGCUUACCAUCUUCUUUAUUUUUCUCUUUCUCUUAUUAUUCUUCUUCUUUCUUCUCCUCUCUUCUUGUUUCCAGACACUAACUACGUCGGGAGACACCUCAAAUAUUAUUAUUAAUUGUUGGGAUUUUCAGAGUUUAAUUUCUCUGUAGAUCAAAUUCAUAUAUAAUCAUGGUUCGUGUCCCAUCGGAAGAUCGGCAUGCACCAGUGAACUCGACGGUGGUCGCCAUUGACAAAGACAAGAACAGUCACUACGCUGUUCGUUGGGCCGUCGAUCAUCUCCUCAAUUCGAUCAACAAUUCCAACAUGAUUCUAGUACACGUUCGUCUUAAAAAUCCAAACCAUGGAGGAAACGUUAACAAUGAAAUAAAUAAGCUUUUUAUUCCAUACAGAGGCUAUUGUGCUCGAAAAGGGAUUUCAGCGAUGGAGGUUAUUCUUGACGAUACCGACGUUGCUAAAGCAAUAUUGGAUUACGCUAAAAAAAACCUAGUGAACAACGUCGUGUUGGGAUCAACAUCUUCAAAGAACCCAUUCGCAAGAUCUAUCAACAAGUUCACUAAAUCCCAUGAAGACGUUGCAGCUUCCGUUCUCAAAUCAGCCCCUGACUUUUGUUCCGUCUAUGUCAUCUCUAAAGGCAAAGUCCAGUCCUCACGCGCAGCUCAGAGACCUAUCACCAAUACCCUUGUCCCACCUCGUGCACCUACGUUUACUCUCCAAAACCUACCUGACCUUGACCAAGAUCAUCACUUACCUAAGGGCCAGCGUUAUGCAAGAAACACAACACCAGAGAGGUAUCGCCCUCAUGAUAAUGGCUUCAUCAAUGCUGUGCAAGAAAGACAAAAAAGUGCUGCUAAUGGUUCAUUGGACUUUAAUUAUGAUUUUAACCAGCCAAUGGGUCAAAGGAACUUUGAUGAACCGGAUUUUGGGACUAGGAUGAUGGGUUCCAUUGAUCUAUCAGCUCAUAAUUUCGAUAUCAUUGGUUCUUCUAGUUCUUCUGAUGAAUCACUUUCACAAUCAAAUAGAGAUGUUGAAGCUGAGAUGAGAAGGUUAAAGGUUGAACUCAAGCAAACCAUGGACAUGUACAGUUCAGCCUGCAAAGAAGCACUGAAUGCAAAACAAAAGGCAAAUGAGCUUAACAAGUGGAAACUGGAAGAAACUCUAAGAUUUGAGGAAGCUAGGAGUGCUGAAGAGGCAGCCUUGGCUGUUGCAGAAACAGAGAAGGCCAAGUGCAAAGCUGCGAUGGAAGCAGCGGAGAAAUCUGAGAGGAUGGCGGAAUUGGAAGGACAAAGAAGGAAGCAAGCAGAGAUGAAAGCAAGAAGGGAAUCACAAGAGAAAGACCGCGCUCUCAAUGCUCUGGUGCAGAACGAUGUCAGGUACAGAAGGUACUCUAUAGAAGAGAUUGAAGAAGCUACUGACGGAUUCGCGAGCAACAGACAGAUAGGAGAAGGUGGAUACGGACCAGUGUUCAAAGGCACGCUUGAUCACACUCCUGUUGCUAUCAAAGUCUUGAGAGAUAAUGCCGCUCAAGGAAAGAAACAGUUUAACCAAGAAGUCGAGGUUCUGAGCUGCAUCAGACACCCUAACAUGGUUCUUCUCCUUGGUGCAUGUCCUGAGUACGGGUGCUUGGUGUAUGAGUUCAUGGAGAAUGGGAGCUUAGAGGAUAGACUCUUUCGUAGAGGAAACUCGCCGCCUCUUUCUUGGAGGAAAAGGUUCCAAAUAGCAGCGGAGAUCUGUACUGCGCUCUCUUUCCUUCACCAAGCAAAGCCAGAGCCGCUUGUUCACCGUGACCUAAAACCCGCCAACAUACUCUUGGACAGAAACUACGUGAGCAAGAUCAGUGACGUUGGGUUAGCUCGGUUAGUCCCAGCGUCGGUGGCUGAUACCGUCACGCAGUACCACAUGACAUCAGCAGCAGGGACGUUCUGUUACAUAGACCCAGAGUACCAGCAAACGGGGAAGCUAACCACCAAAUCAGACGUAUACUCGUUGGGGAUAAUGCUGCUUCAGAUCAUCACUGCUAAGAGUCCAAUGGGUUUGGCUCAUCAUGUGUCGAGGGCGAUUAAUAAAGGAACUUUUAAGGAUAUGCUUGACCCCGCCGUGACGGAUUGGCCUGUUGAAGAAGCUAUGACUUUUGCUAAACUGUCUCUAAAAUGCGCAGAGCUGAGGAAGAAAGAUAGACCAGAUCUUGGGAAGGACAUAGUUCCAGAGCUUGUUCGGUUAAGGAACUUUGGUAUGGAGAAUGAGUCAGGUGCAAUAUGAAUUUAUGAUACAUACAAAACCCUCAACAAAAUAUUGUCUCUCUUCUGUGCAAAGCUUCAUUAAUUUAAAACCUUUGGAUUACA